AUGUUGUCCCCUACCAGCGGACAUGGAAAAUUUAACACUAGCUUCCUAUACGAAAAUAUAAGACGCAACAAUUAUUAUACUACUCCUGAUUUAAGCGACAGUAGUUUUCAAAGUCUUUUGGACGAAUAUAGGGCCCUGGUACAUAAGUCUGAUUCUACUCCCAUGAGCCAAGUAUUUCAAAAGGAAUACUUUGAACAGUAUCAGCAAAACUUUCAUCAGUAUUAUGGCUUGCCGGAAAAAUAUAAUACAAGAAAUAUAGAUCAUAUUUUCAAGCGAUGGAAGACCGCUCUAACGGCUAAAAUUUAUUAUACUACAAAGCGAGUAUUUGCUCAUAAAGGCCUAUAUAAUAUAGCAAGAGAAGGAGAAGCAGCGCCAGCAGAAGGGAUAGAAGAAAAAGGAGGAGAAGCACCUCUUACAGAAGGGUUAGGAGUAGUAGCACCUCUGGCAGAAGAGGUAGGAGGACCAGCACCUUCAGCGGAAGGAGAAGGAGAACAAAAAGAAACAGAAGGAGGGGGAGAACUCAAAAGUGGCGAGGAAUUGGUUUUAGGCAAUGCAGGGCCACCGGGCCUGGCAAAUAGGCCAACUAUGAGGUAA